UUAUGCAGUCUGUUCCACUGGUCCGGUCCUCCACCUUUGUGUUCUUAAAGCCCGAAAGAGAGAGAGAGAGAGAGCGAGAGAGAGAGCGAGAGAAUGGGGAGAGUCUGUUGUUCUGCUCAAUAGCAGUUAUUUGAGAGACAAAGGAGGGGAUUUUGGUGGGAUUCGGACUUUGUUGAGGGAUGAAAAGAAGGCUCCUUUCCUUCAAUACAAGAUAGGAAACACAACCAUGAAAUGAGACCACCCACUGUCAUCUUGCUCUGAGAUCUGCACUCCAAGGGGUGGGGAAAAAGAAAAUCCAUAGAUAUUUGAAGUUCUACCACCAAAAGGAACCACCUUUCCGUCGAUAUAGUUCAGAAAGGGGUUAAAAAAAACAGGGGAGAUAAAGAGGAAGAAGAACAAGGAAAAGGAGAAAAUGGAUGCGAGGGAGAGGAAAAAAUCCAUAUAUAUUUGAAGUUGUACAGGAAAAAGGAGCCACCUUUCAUUGGGUAUAGAUUAGAGAGGGAACAGGAAGAAACAGAGGGAGGAGUAGAAGAGGAGAGAUGGGGUGUUGUCAGUCUAGGCUAGAGAGAGAAGAGGUUGUGGCUCGAUGCAAGGCCCGGCGGCGAUACAUGAAGCAUUUGGUGGCGGAGCGGCAGGCCUUCGCCGCCUUCCACUCCCUCUACCUCCGCUCCCUCCGCUCCACCGGCGCCGCCCUCCUCCAGUUUGCCAAUGCCGAGGCCCACCUCCACCCUCCCCUCCCCUCCCCAUCCCCGUCCACUCCACCGCCGCCGCCUCCUCCUCCUCCACCACCACCACCACCGCCCCCGCCACCUCCACCUCCCCCUCCUCCAAUGAGCCCAUGCUCUGACACCUGGACCUGUUCGGUCACCGCCUCCCCAGUACUCCCCCAGCCCCCUUCCCCGCCGCCACCCUUGUCAAGCUGGGAUUUUUGGGACCCAUUCGUUCCUUCCUCAUCCCGGUCGGUUACCGAGGAGGAGUGGGAGGAGGCGACCGCCACCGUGUCCGAAGUCACCGCCGCGCCUGCCGCCGCCCCGGCGCCGUCGGUGGUCAGCGGCUUCUCGAAGAAUUCCACCAGUGAGCUGGCCAUGGUUGUGGUGCCCAGGAGCAGGAAGGAUCUAUCUGAGAUCGUUAAGGAGCUCGACGAGUACUUCCUCAAGGCAGCCGAUGCCGGGAGCCGUGUUUCGGUGCUCUUAGAAGCUCCAAAUUGCGAGCUUCCUUCUAGUCAAGGACUAGCAGGCAAGAUGUGUAGCUACGGCAAGAGUUUGAACCCAUUUCUUUGGGCCUGGGGAUCUAAUUCAAAGACUAGUGGUUUCACCAGGUUUGGGAGUUGUGGAGAGGAGACGAUGAAGGGGGCUGCUAAUGGUGGUGGAGUUAGCAUUGGAAGCAUAAGCCAUUCUGCUACAGUAGAGAAGCUAUAUGCUUGGGAGAAGAAGCUCUUUCUUGAAGUCAAGAAUUCUCAGAGACUCAAGGAGGAGCAUGAGAGAAGGCUAGGCCUGCUAAGGAAGCAAGAGGCAAAGGGAGUGGACUAUGUGAAGGUUGAGAAGAACAGGAAGGAGAUUGACAGGUUGGAGUCCAAAAUGUUGGUGUCCUCUCAGGCCAUAGAGACCACCACCUCUGAGAUCAUCAGGCUGAGGGAGUCUGAACUCUUUCCCCAGCUCCUUGAGCUGGUCACUGGUUUGAUGGGCAUGUGGAGGAGCAUGUAUGAGUGCCAUCAGGUACAGACCCACAUAGUCCAGCAGCUCGAGUACCUCAACAAUGCAACAAGUACUAAUCCGACCACCGACACACACCGGCAGGCCAGUCUCCAGUUGGAGGUUGAGGUCAACCACUGGUACUCAUCCUUCUGCAGCCUGGUAAAUUCCCAGAGAGAGUACAUCUAUGCCCUCACUGGCUGGCUCCGCCUCUCUCUCUUUCAAUGCGACCACAACAUGCUUGGCAAGUCCCAGCAGAGCUCCGACAUGAUCUACUCACUGUGCGAAGAAUGGCAGCUUGCACUCGACCGAAUUCCUGACAAAGUAGCCUCUGAGGGGAUCAAAAGCUUCAUAACAGUAAUCCAUGCAGUUGUUGUUCAGCAGGCAGAGGAGCAGAAGCAAAAGAGGAAGUCGGAGCUGGCAUUUAAAGAACUAGAGAAAAGAGCUGAAGAACUAAGGUCAUUGGAAUCCAAGUAUGGCCCAUACUCAGUAGCUGAAGGUUAUGGGGAAAUGGCAGGGAGAUAUCCAGUUUUGGAGAAGCGGGCAAAGGUUGAGGCUUUAAAGACGAAGGCAGAAGAGGAGAAGAGCAGGUAUGAGAAGAGCAUUGCGGUCACAAGAGCAAUGACUCUGAACAAUUUGCAGACAGGGCUGCCCAAUGUUUUCCAAGCAAUGACUGGUUUUGCCAGCGUAUGCAUGCAAGCAUUUGAGUCAGUUUAUAACCAUCAGAGAAGCUCGGAUCGGGUUAUCGACGUGAAGAGGUUGCUCACUUGAGGGAUCCAAAAAAGAAGGUUAGAUUCAUGUAUAAUCUGUAAUCAGUUUGAAUAUAGCAAGUAGGUGGUGGGUGUUCACAGGCUUCUUUUAGCUUUUCAUGGGAUUUGGUUGGCAAAGAUGUGGAGGCUAUCAAAGAAGUGCUUCUGGUUCUUGUUACUUGGUCAUGGUCCAAUGAGAGGCCUUCUGAUCUCAGCAAGUUGCAUCAUUCUGAGAAGUGGGGUGUUGAAUCAUUUUUUGGAUUCAAAAGCAAUUUUAGUUUGGGGCCUUUAGACCCAUGUUUGAUAUGUUCCAAAGAUUUUUAUGGAGGUUUGUCGCUUUUGUUUGCAUGGUGGCAUGGAUUCACAAUACCAUAGCAAGCUUGCUAUUUUAAUUG